CCCAUACUAUGGUAGCAAGCAUCAUGUGCAUAGAAGUGGAAGACGUUUAGCGAUCUGUGCACCGACUGCACAACAGUGGCUAGCCAGGUACGCUUACAAACCGAUGACCAAGAAGCAAUGAAGCUCACCAGCUCCGAAGUAAACUUGCAGAAAGAUGCCGAGGACGCCGCCGCCGACAAGCACGGCGGCGGCGGAGGCGUGCUCCGGCCGUCCCGGAUAUGCCACCUCGCCCUUCUCUCCACGGCGUUCUGGGCCUUCGUCUUCUUCCUGCACUCCGGCACCCAAGGCGACGGCGUCGGCGUGGCGUCGGUCCUGUUCAAGCAGGCCGCGUUCUCCCUUCCUCCCCUGCUGUCAGCCAACGCUGCCGGCCGCGGGCGCGCUCCACCCGCGCAGCCACCGCCGCCGUCGACGCACGCCGUGCAGGCGCAGUCGUCGCCGCCGCCACCGGCGGCCGACCGCUGCGCGGGGCGGUACAUCUACAUGUACGAUCUCCCGCCGCGCUUCAACGACGACCUCAUCCGCGACUGCAAGAAGCUAUGGCGGUUCUACGACAUGUGCCCGCACGUGGCCAACUGCGGCAUGGGCCGGGCGCUGGGCGACGAGGGCGGCGUCUUCUCCCCGCGCGGCUGGUACGCCACCAACCAGUUCACGCUCGACCUCAUCUUCCACGCCCGCAUGAAGCGCUACGAGUGCCUCACCGGCGACCCGUCCCUCGCCGCCGCGCUGUACGUGCCCUUCUACGCCAGCCUCGACGGCGGGCGGCACAUGUGGAACCGCACCUCGCUGCGCGACAUGCUCGGCCUGGACCUCGUCGCGUGGCUGGCGCGCCGGCCGCAGUGGCGCGCCAUGGGCGGCCGCGACCACUUCAUGGUGGCCGGGCGCACGGCGUGGGACUUCCGGCGCUACGAGGACGUCGACGAGCAGUGGGGUACCAAGCUGCUCCACAACCCGGCCGUCCAGAACAUGACGGUGCUCGUCCUGGAGACCAGCCCGUGGCGCCGGGACAACCUCGCGGUGCCCUACCCGACCUACUUCCACCCGGAGGCGGCCGCCGACGUCGCCGCCUGGCAGGAGAAGGUGCGCGCCGCGGAGCGGCCGUGGCUCUUCGCGUUCGCCGGCGCGCCGCACCCCUGGCAGCGCGAGACCGUCCGCCCGGAGAUCUUCCGGCAGUGCGGCGCGUCGCGCCGCUGCAGGCUCUUCCGGUGCGGCGGCGCCAAGAGCGGGCCCCGCAGCUGCAAGUCGCCGGGCGCGGUGAUGCGCGUGUUCGAGAGCUCCGACUUCUGCCUGCAGCCGCGGGGGGACUCGCUGACGCGGCGGUCGACGUUCGACGCCGUGCUAGCCGGGUGCAUCCCGGUGUUCUUCCACCCCGGGUCGGCGUACACGCAGUACACGCUGCACCUCCCCAGGGAGGCGGAGAGGUGGUCGGUGCUCAUCAUGCACACCGACGUGCGCGAGCGGAACGUGAGCAUCGAGGAGACGCUCGCCAGGAUCCCGCCGGAGACGGUGACGGCGAUGCGGGAGGAGGUGAUCCGGCUCAUCCCCAGGGUGGUGUACGCGGACCCGAGGUCGGGGCGCGUCGACUUCAAGGACGCGUUCGACGUCGCGGUGGAGGCGGUCAUUGACCGGGUGGCCAGGCGGCGGCGGGGAGACGUCGAGGGACGACGGCGCUGAGGCGCCGACGACGGCUGGCCGGCUUGGUGUCUCAUCAUCGUCUGCCUUGCUUGCAGAGUUGGCAGAGUUUGUUGUAUCUGCUCCGCGCGGGCGCCAGAAGAGGCCGGCGAGCCGCAUGACGGCAUGAGUGCACUCACCAGCUGCCUUGUCCAAGUGUAAUCUUCGUUGCCUUGCACAUGUUUCAUUUCUUUCUCGCAUUGGUGCGAG